UUAUAAAAUUUUUCAUGAAGAUUUUAGAAAAUUGUAACAUGCGUUUUAGCGUUAAAAAAUACCUUUCUUUAAUUAAAUAAAACUAACCAGAGGAUCUUGUAUAUCACUUGCACAGCCAAAAUCUUGUAUCGGUUCUAAAAAGCAAUUUUCCAUAUUUUUUUUAAUUUAAAUGAAAAUAUUUAAUUCUUUUUGUAUGUAUUUUAAAAAUAUUGUAUGAAUAUUAUAUGUUGUCUGAAAUUCUUAAUUUAUUUUUGUGUGCAUUACUUCUGUCUCAACUAAACAGUCAACUAAAUAUUUUUGAUAUGAUACAUGUAUAAAAGUAUUUUUAAAAUUUAAAUUUAAUCUAGCCGUUAUUAUUUAAACGUACUAUUUCUAUAUUUUUGUGUAGUCAGACGAAAUCUGUAACAACUCGCUCUUCCUCUUUUCUUCUAUUGAAUUAUUAGGCUUUAUAACUGAAUUAAUUUCGCAUCGCAUCUGCUACCUAUCAUGAUUAUUAAACGGCGUUCCGUGGCAGUGACAGAAAUUUAUAGUCACCUCAUUACCACCGUUUAGUGAUCGCUACCGUCUCGCGAUACGAGAUCAUUAAAAGCUCCUUCCAGAAACGCAAGUGUUUGCCAAGACCCGCCCAGAGGUUUGUGCGAUUGGUAGAUCUCGCGAUGACGUUUGAGCACGUGGCUUUAGGAUACCGCCUCGAAGAACGAAGAAUUUAACUUGACUGCCAAAAAAAUAUUGUUGGACACCGUGAGUAACCCCGACAAAACAGUCACUGGUUUCGACUCUAAUCUUCCGACAGAUCAAGAGGUAUCAAUGUUGUAACCAACGAGUCUUAUUGAUUCUUUUGGUUACACUGCCAGUAUCGUUUCCUCAAUUUUUCUUUAAUUAAAAUGUAAAAGUUAUUCAUUAAAAAGUGUUGUAGUGAAAUAUUAAAAUCAUUCAAUCAUGUUUUGGUGAAGUUCUAUCGCGACUUUUAAUCAAUUAACUGAUUCUUGAGAUUUUAAUUAAGUAGUGUGAGUCAAGUUUUUAAAGAAAAAGUGAGUGAUAUUGAAGAUUGAUGAAAAGAAUUUAAAAAUAUAAUUCUUCAAGAAUUGAUUUAUCAGUUGAAGAAUUAAUCUCAAUAGACGCAGGAUAUUCAUUCGCAAAAAGACUAUUUUAUAGAUGUUAUUAGCAGAAUAUUUUGAGCUUGACAAAACGUGUUCAAGAUGUCUGAUGAAGAGAUGAAGAAAUCAGAUUCGUCAAAAGGAACGAGCGAUUCUGCGGAAAAUCCAAGAUUAUGCUCUUUCAGCAUCGAGAGACUACUAGCACCUAGCAAGAUAGCGGAGGAAGAAAAUAAGUUUGCACAACAGACCGAUUUAUCUUUGCUUUGUCAAGAAAAUAAUGAAUUGGAGACGAGAAUGCUUGUUGCACCCGAUUCAUCCAUGUCAAUGGCGGAGGAAAUUGAGCUCGACGAUACUGACAUGGUAUGCUCGACAUCACCUGAGCCAGAGAUGUAUUAUGAAGCAUGUACCAGCAGUAGUGGCGCGAAUUCAACCACGAGCGCGGACAGGGAGGACGUCCAGGAGAAGACCGUCGCUGCUAUUAGCGACGAUGAAAGGAAGAAGAGACCACGCACGGCGUUCACCGCCACGCAAAUUAAAUCCUUGGAAGCGGAAUUUGAGAGGAACAAGUACUUGAGCGUGGCAAAACGGCUGCAGCUGAGCAAAAAUUUAAAGCUUACCGAAACACAAAUAAAGAUAUGGUUCCAAAAUAGACGGACUAAAUGGAAAAGGAAGUACACUAAUGACGUCGAGUUAUUAGCCCAGCAAUACUACUCGAGCUUAGGAAUUCCAGCGCCACGACCCAUUUUUGUCGGUGAUCGCUUAUGGUUUUUUAAUUAUCCAGGACAACCGCAACCAGGAGUACCAUUGCUCCCACAGCAUUUAACACCGUUGCCGUUACCCCCGGCAUUGCCUAUUGUUCAACCAUUGCCUAGUAAUCUAUCAAUGAGACAACAAACAUCCAUCUUUCAAAACGUACCAACCAGUCAUCUCACGCAUCAUCUAACUCAGAGAUUAGACUUCAGGCAUCAUGAUCCUUAGUUUCUGGUAAAUUAUUGGUGACUAGUACUAGACCAGAAUUUAUUAAUAAUUUGGAUACAAGGCAAUACGAGACUAUAAACUACAUAAAUCCGGACUUAUUUGCCAGGGAUAACGAUCGUUAUAAUUGGUGUACAUUUUUACGUUUUGCGUAUCAUACCACUCGACUACGCUAUGUAUAAUUGUUACUAUUUAAUUUUUUAUUUAAAGUACAAAAUAUUUGUAUUUUCAUAAAACACAUAUCAUUUAUCUAUGAAUAUUUUUUUGGCUUAACUUUAUAUGACUUAAAUAAAUUAAAAUUAAUAAAUGUAUAUUUGAGAAAUAGAUGAAAGAGAUAACGUUCUGAGUAAUCAAGCUACUUGUUGAAAUAAAUGAUGUCGUUUAUUAUUGUUUCUAUGCAAACUCUAAGAAAUAUGUAUAUGUAUACAUUGUAAACUGAUAAUAAUUUGGUGCUUGUGUCAAGAGCAAAAAUGAAGAUAUUUGCCAACAUUGUUAUAGUUCUAUUAGUCACCUCCGCGUCGGUUAUCUUUGCUAAACGUGAUAUAUAAUAUUACAGUACACGUAUUCUAUUGGCGAAGAUGAUUAUCACAUAAAACAUAUGGAUUCAUUCUUAAAAAAUUGAAUCAUUUCACGGUAUACUUGAAAUGAAUAACAUCAAAGAUAUUACAUUAUUUUAAUUUAAAUAUAUUACUUGUACAGGAAAAUAUAAUGUACGCCUAUAUAAAUAAACGACUUUCAG